CUUUGCGAUACGAGCAGUGAGCGUAACUCGCUUGGCAACAAUUCCAAAGCGUCGAAGCUCCCAGUUGACGUGUGUGACUGCGUUUUGAAUCUAAAUGUGUCUUUUAUGUAUUUCUUCUCUGUAGGUAUGUUGUGUGAUUGCCUGUUUUUGCGGGUUUGCUUGUUCCAUUUGUGGGUUUUUUUGUCAUUUUGUCUGCGUCCUCCUUUAUUUUGGGUGAUGAGCGGCCCGUCAUACGUAGCUUCGUGCCUCGUAAAAGAUAUGAAUAUUAUUGGCUCCACCCACCCGGCCAAUCGGUGACAAAAUAUGAAUGGGUGUGUUUGUCAUCUGGAGAAGGCUGAGAGGUUUGUCGAAUAUUUUGACCGCGACUAAACGAGCAAAAUGUUGCGGACAGCUGUCAGUGUGACGCGGCGCCAGCACAAUAACGAGGAUUUGGGUGGUUGAGGCCCAUAAAGAGCGUCAAUUUUCAUUUUGAAUGCAAAUUUGUUGCGAGGGAUCUUACGAUGUGGCGGCUAAUAAUAACUUUUAUGGCAGUUGCGGAGCCGCCAGCGAGGGGCGGAUGCGGAUGCGGCUCGUCACGUAAACCGCUCCAACGCGCUCGGGUGACCUGGGAGUCGGACGUGCGUGGCAGGAAUUUUGGGAUUCCCCGAGUCUCGUGAGCGGACGCGUUUUGUCCUCCCUCCGCCAUCCUCUUCUCACGCACGGAACAAGUGAGUCACUCGGCUCUUCAUGUGAGCCACUACUCGGUUGUGAGGAUGAAAACUGCGCAUGACCCCCACCCCCACCCCCGUCCGUCCGUCCGUCCUCUUCCUCCCGAGUCGAGUUUAGAACAGGUGGCCAAACAGCUGUUGCUUAGAAACCGGGAAGCUCUUGGCUGACUGUAUGAUGUGUUGUGUUCGAGCUCCUUCUCUGGAGCUUCUUUCAUUCCUUUUCAGCCGAUCCUCAAAUGAAUGCGCUACAGAGACGAGCCACUUUGACGUUCAAGCUUUUUUUUUGCAAAUAUUCUCUCAUUUUGAAUUUGAUGCCUGCGUGAUGUUCCCAAAAAAUCUGGCAGAGAGACAGCAAAAGAGUUGAGGAGUGUUUAGAAAACAACAGCGUGGAACAUUUCAAAGGUGAACAGGUUAGUUGGAAAUGCGUGAUUGUCAAAGGCUCGUUUGUUCAUGAGGAAGGUUAUUUGGCGCACUUCGCUGCUUUGCCAACGACUGCACGAGCCAAUAAUGCAACACUUUAAGAACAACAUUUGUCAGCGUACAGUUGCAAGGCAUUUGGAGAUUUCAUCAUCUGCGGUCUUUAAUACCAUCAAAAGAUUUGGAGAACCUGGAGAGAUCACAGCACGUAAGCGACAGGGCCGAAAAGAAAGCCUGCCUGUGACCUUUCACCCCUCGGCCUCAUUGUGCUUACACGUCAGAAACCCCCCGUCAGUUGACACACUUGGCCGCUACAAAUACAAAUGCAAGUUAAAACUCUACCACGCAAAGUGAAAGCCACAUGCAGGAUCAAUAAUGUGCCGCCAUCCAAGCAGUCUUCCUUGCGUAUUUCAGCGAGACACACCCCCAAACCACAUGCUACAAGUGGCUUGCAAAGUCGAGCGCGAGUCGGGCGGGCCUGCGCUAAUCUUUUCGGCAGACCUGUUUGUUCGUCGCAGUGGGAUUUUGUCCCAGACUGCGACGGAUGAGCAGGGAAGCGAUUGGCCGACCGCCUCAGCAGCGGCACUCGGGCCGUUUUCACGAUGCGCUCGUUGACACACGACUUCACGUCCUGAGAGAUCCUGAGAGGUUCCCAGGAACUUGAAGGUAAGAUGGCACCCACGGAAGUUGUCUUAUUCACAUUCUUUUACGACAAUUUAUACCAUAGAGUGUGGUCAUAAUUAUCUGCUGUGGAAAAGUGGACACUUAUAUUUCUGAAGGUGAUAGUAGUUGUGAAACUCGUCUUCACAUCGAAAAUGGGAAAAAUUCAAGUCACGCAACGACUUCCGGAAUGGAUUAAUUUCCAACUGUUAUGUAUUUUGUCAUAUGCAGGUUGAUUUAUUGUGGAUAAAGUGUGCUGCAAUUUUUUUUUCAAAUUAUAUCACACAUAAUUUGCAGGAUUUUGAGCGUAUGAUGUAUUUAUUUUGUGGUCAAAUGAGACGCUUUCUCACCUAAGACAUCAAAUGAAAAACAAAUGAAUGAACGCAAGAUUACUAUUAAUAAAAUCUACACAAUGUACAGAACUUUUGUGCAUUAACUGCAUCAUUCUGACAGGUUUAAAGUGCGCUUGCGUUUUUUGGGGAUUUCACCGAUUGCGGCAGUGAAACGGAACCAGAACCGAGGUAAAUAUUCUCGAGUGUGUCCCCCCCCCCCGCGAGUUAUUUUGUUUUCAGGAGAGGCUGGAAAGGAAGAACGACGCUGCCGUUCCUUUCAUUGCGGGGAGAUGAUGAUGAUGAUGAUUACUACUCGAGUGUCCUGAGCGACAAAUCAUCAAAUGCUGUGGGAGCGUGGAAACAGGCCCCGCCUCCUCCUCCUCCUCCUCCUCCUGCCGUGACGUCACGGCCGUUCAAAGCCAUCCCUUCGGUGCGUCCGCCGGCCGCUCGUCGCUCGCCUUGCUGCCCUCCGCCAAUGCGUCUUCACACCGCGUCUGCCUCGGGCGUGCGUCAUCCGCGUGGCCGGCGCGGCCAACGUCCUCCGGAGCCGUCGGCGCUCGGCGACCAAGGAAAGCAAAGAGAAGCUCAGCCAUGAACGAGUCGGCCAACGUGUCGGCGUGGGCCGAGGCGGAGCGCAACGGGACGGCGUGGCCCGCCCCCGCCCCCGCCGCCGUCAACCCGUGGGACGUGAUGCUGUGCGUGUCGGGCACGGCCAUCGCCUGCGAGAACGCCAUCGUGGUGGCCAUCAUCUUCUACACGCCGGCGCUGAGGACUCCCACGUUCGUGCUGGUGGGCAGCCUGGCCACGGCCGACCUGCUGGCCGGCGCCGGGCUGGUCCUGGACUUCGUCUUUCGCUACGCGCUGUCCUCGCAGACGGCCAGCCUGCUGACGGCGGGCUUCCUGGUGGCGUCCUUCACGGCGUCGGUGGUCAGCCUGCUGGCCAUCACGGUGGACCGCUACUUCUCCCUGUACAACGCGCUGACGUACUUUUCGGAGAAGACGCUGCGCUGGGUGCACGCCAUGCUGCUGGCCACGUGGGGCGUGUCGCUGCUGCUGGGCCUGCUGCCCGUGCUGGGCUGGAACUGCCUGGAGCGGCCGGCGUCGUGCAGCAUCGUGCGGCCGCUGACGCGCGCCAACCUGACGCUGCUGGCCGCCGCCUUCCUGGUCAUCUUCGCGCUGAUGCUGACGCUCUACUUCAAGAUCUGCAAGAUCGUGUGCCGCCACGCCCACCAGAUCGCCCUGCAGCAGCACUUCUUCGCCGCCUCGCACUACGUGGCCACCAAGAAGGGCGUGUCCACGCUGGCCAUCGUGCUGGGGACCUUCGGCGCCAGCUGGCUGCCCUUCGCCAUCUACUGCCUGGUGGGCGAGCGCGAGUACCCGCCGGUGUACACGUACGCCACGCUGCUGCCCGCCACCUACAACUCCAUGAUCAACCCCAUCAUCUACGCCUACAGGAACGCCGAGAUCCAGCGCUCCAUCUACGUGCUCCUGUGCGGAUGCUUUCGGGGCGACGCCGCCUACCGCUCCAGGUCGCCCAGCGACGUGUGAGGGCGAGGGCGGGGGCGGGGUAAAAACAAAAAAACGCAGAGCCCUCCGCUCUCGUACCGAGAUUUGGACAUUUUGGGAAGGCCUCGCGUUUCCACACAGCCGCAUUUAUGAGAAUGAAGUCGUAAUGUUAUAUUUAAAAAAAAAACACACACACACACACACACACACACACACAAAAAAGUCCUUGUAACAUUUCAGUUGAGUUUGACUUUCAUUUGCGUCGCGAUGUCACAAAAAGGCAAAUAUUCUGACGGGACAAAAAGUCGUUACAAUGCUAAAACCGUUGCAGUCCCAGUUAGGAGAUUCAAGUCAAAAUGUGACAAAAUUCCAAGAUUCUAAUCGAUUUGUUGGCUUUUUUUAAAAAAAUUGCGUUGCAAAAUUUAUAUGAAAAAAAAAUAAUAAUCCAAAUUCAAAGAGUACUGUCACAAAAAUCCUAAUUUACAAUAUUAACGUUGCGACAAUUUCAAGGAAAAAAAAAAAAGGCCACUAAAGUUUGGAGUUCUCACAGAAGGUCGUAAUAUUCCAAUAUCAGUUGUAAUUUUAUGGCAAUUAGGCAUUAUGUUACGUAAAAAAGACGUAAUGUUGCACAAUUAGGAGAUUUUUUUUUUAAAUUACCCCCCAAAAAAAUCAGAUUUUGGAUUGUUAUAUUACAAUAUUUAUUCAAAAAUAUUUGAAAAAUGAAUCUCAUGUUGCUUUGGAGUCAGAAUCAGGUGUCAGGUCAUAACUCUGAGAAUGAAUUACUCGAGUAAAAAAAAAAAAAAAGUUGACGUGUAGUUUUUUCUUUUUUCCCCCCAACAAAAAAGUCUUCAAUUUACUUUUUAUUCUCAUAUUGCAACUUUAUUCUUGUCUUUUUUUGAAGCCAAACUUGUUUUUAUUUCUUGAAUGUAUUUAUCCCAAGAGCUGAUGGUCCUUUUUAUGUACAUAUUUAUUUUUUUACAUUUAUUUUUUUGGGGUGGGGGAUCCGCUCGGCGUGAAGCGGCCGCCGUCGGCUUUCGGCACUUUAGCUCAGCAAAGACUUUGAGAAACGCUUUGAACAACAAAAGACAGAAAAAUCAAGGACUUAACCUGUGAAUGUACUUUCAUGAAAAAAAAGGACAGAAAAAAGUGCACUUUAUUCAGUUUGUUGUUUUUGUUUUGAAAUGCCAAAGCAGUAUUAUAACAACAACAACAACAACCCUUCUAUUGUAUUGUGACCGACCGGUGUGGCAUUUUUCUAUUUUGUAAGUUUGACGUCUUUUGCUGUGUGUUUUUCUACCAAUGGCGAUGACAAAAAAAAAAGAGAGAGAAUAAAAGCGCUCCAAAUGGAAAAAAGCGAGGCGCGACUCGUCCUUGCGUUGGUGUCCGUCUGCCUUUGAGUGCUCGCUUCAAUUUGCGCACGUGGGCCCAUUUUCAAGAUUUUUUUUUUUUUUCCUGUGGCAUGUUUGUGCGCUCGUGUCCUUGAGAAAACCUUCCGGUGAAAUCGUCUACCUCGUCGUUUGUGCUUGGAUUCGAACCCAAAUAGUGCCUUGCCCGUUCGCGGCCCCGCAUAUUUGCGGAUUUUGCGCUCCGUUUUUUUUUUUUUUGGGAAUGUACAUCCCAAAAACAUGCAAGAUUAAUUGGACACUAAAUCGCCCCAAAUGUGUGAGUGCGGCCGUUUGUCUCCAUGUGCCCUGCGAUCGGAUGGCGACCAGUUCAGGGUGUACCCCGCCUCCUGCCCGUUGACAACUUGGAUAGGCUCCAGCACUCCCUGCGACCCUUGUGAGGAUAAGCGAGUGUUGCGUGACGACGCUGGCUGCGGUUAGCACGCACGCUAGCACGUGUUUUAGCAUGCGUGUGCGUGUGAGCUUCCACAGAGGCCCCUUAGCUCAGUGGUUAGCGCGUUGGGCUGGUAAACUGAAGGUCGUGAGUUCGUAGCCCACGGCGGUCUCCAGUCCCUCUGAAGGGCUGCAUCGGUUGUGAUGGUUUAAGUGCUCCCAGUAUUGAAAGAUCUUCUUCAAGUUAUGACACGUGUGUAGAAUUGUUUUUAUUUUUUUACUUUUUCCACAUCCGCGCCAGUCUGAAAGUUCCCCAUCCAUGCGACUUCCGCGUGUUCAUUUUCGCUCCGCGUGCAUUUCGCUAUGGACGUCGAAACAAAGGCGAACGCAGCGAAUGAAAGAAUACAGAAACGUAUCGUUUGUUAUUUAUCAACACUGAACAAGAAUCAACAGAGGAUUGUUCGGGCACAUUUGGGAUAGCAAAAGUAAGCGUCGUAUCAUUUUCGCGCGCUGAAAUGAGUUUACAUGGUCAGCAGCACGCAGAGCGUGGAGCUCGUCGGCCAACGAGCGAAGCAGACGCGUCGGACGAUCUGGCGUCGUUCGCGACAAUCGAGGGGGACGAACGUUAUCGUCGACGGCGCGACGUGGGCGGUUGCCGUGGAGACGAAACACCGCGCCGGAGGUGCCCGAGCGGGCGUGAUCGGGUGCGGUCGCCAUCUGGCCGCCGUGACUGACGUGAUGUUUGCAACCACAGCCGAUGUAAAAAAAAAAAAGUCUACACACCCCUGGAGAUUAGAUUACAUCAAAUUAGAUGAGAUUAGAUAUAUAUAUAUAUAAAGAGAGUGAGAGAGAAGGAUGAAUGGAUGGAUGGAUGGAGAGAGACACAGAUCUAGAUAGAUAGAUAGAUAGAUAGUUGGAGGGAGGGACAUAUAGAUAAAGAGAGAGAGAGGGACAUAUAGAGAGAUGGAUCAAUGGAUGGAGAGAGAGAGAAAGAUAGAGAGAAAAAGAUAUCUAGAGAGAUCUAGAGAUAGAUAGAUAGAUAGAUAGAUAGAUAGAUAGAUAGAUAGAUAGAUAGAUAGAUAGAUAGAUAGAUAGAUAGAUAGAUAGAUAGAUAGAUAGAUAGAUAGAUAGAUCAAGAGAGAGAGGAGAGAGGAUGGAUGGAUGGAUGGAUGGAUGAGAGAGAGAGAGGGUGAGAGGUUUGAAAUCAAAGUUAUUGCGGGCCUGUCAGUUUUCUGAUGUUAGCACAGCGCAUGCUAGCACGCUGGCAAUGCUCUUCAGCGUCGUACCGCAACGCAGCUAAGAAGCAUGAACGUAUGAAUGUAUUCAUUGCUAGGCUACUUAGCAGCAAUGCUAGCUAGCGCUUCCACAUAUUCAAUACUUUGCGUUAGGCUUUUUUUUCUCUCUUCAAGAUACAAAAAAAAAAAAAAAUUAAUACGCUGACGAGCCAGAAGUGCGUUUGUGUGUCCCUCGCAACUGCCGACGCCUACAAGGAUGAAGUAACCAUAAUCGUCUUUUCCAUCCCUCCGAGGCGCCGUUGCGUAAUACUGUCGUUUUGUUGACAGCGGCCACAUCGGCCACCGACGACACCGCGACGACCGAUAAAAGAUGGCGGAUGUGCUCGACGUCCUCCAUCGCUUCAGCGGCUUCAUAACACACUCGCCCUUUGGAGUAUUUCAUACAAAACGGCAUAAUUUAUUGGUUGUAAAAUUCCCGUUACAAUAACAAUAACAUCCUACUGACAUUUUCAGGAGGCUAAAAUUCCUCUCCAAACUACAUUAUAAUACUUUUUUCCCCUCACAUUGACUGCAAUUUUUGUAUCGAUAACUACGUGAUCAUGAAUUAGUUAUUCCAGUCGUUAAGCUAAUAACCUUUGCUAUUCGUGAACUGGAAAGAUUGUAGAUUUUCCUUCUAACAUAAGCAAACUUUUCCCACAAAAAUUUCAUGCUCACUUCCUGUACAAUUCCAGAGUGAACGUACGUUGUACUCGUCUCUACUGAGCCGCUCCAUAUUUUUCUUAAACUCUGCAAUUUUUUGUAUAAUCAAGCGAGGAUAAGAAAAUGGAUGAGCCUGCGUUCAACGAGCUAAAAACAAUUCCAAUCUUGUUUUGUUGCAAGCUAGCGUGUCUGACAAGACAAAAAUAUGAAGAAUGGCUCUGCUGUAGCGCUGUUUUUAUUUUUAUAUAUAUAUAUAUAUAUAUAUAUAUUUUUUUUUUGUUUUGGGUGGGGGGUUCAUGUUCGUCAGCAAGCGUUUUAAUCUCCCAAAUGUUUUUUUUCUGGAAGCGGUGAGUCACAUAAUGAAGCCCGCUUUUCAGAAAAAUACCUUUAAUGGGAAACAAAAUACAGCCAUUUUGCGCUAACUCAAAAUAAACUGGCAAAGGGGG